AUGAUGGAGAUAAUGGGAGAGCGCAACCUCUACGUUGAGGUACAGAAUCACUAUAUAGACAAGGAGCUUGAAGCCUAUCCAGUGAUGGUUCAGUUGGCGAAAGAGUUCAAUCUCCCGCUCGUCGCCACAAACGAUUGUCACUACCUCCGCAAAUCCGACCACGAGAUGCACGAUGUGCUUCUUUGUAUCCAAAUGAAGAAGACCGUCAACGAUCAGAAGCGGCUACGGUUUGAUAACCAUUUCUAUUUUAAAAGUGUUGAUGAAAUGCGUGAGGCACUUAAGGAUUACCCGCCGGAAGCCAUCAGCAACACACUCGAAAUCGCGAAUCGGUGCAACCUUAAACUCGAAUAUGGCGAGAGUAUAAUGCCGAAAUAUGAGGUCCCCGAGGGACACACAAAUGACAGCUACCUCAAAGAGUUGUGCUAUCAAGCCUUACGGGAAAAAUAUGGCGGUGAAAUCUCCGAACCCAUUCAGCAAAGGCUGGAUUACGAACUGGAUAUUAUCAGUAAGACCCGCUAUGCCGGUUAUUUUCUCAUCGUAUGGGAUUACGUAAAAUACGCGCACAAACAGGGCUAUCCGCUCUCUGCACGUGGUUCUGCCGCGAGCAGCCUCGUGCUUUACGCACUUGAUGUAAUUACUUUCAAUCCGAUGGAUUACGACUGUCUCUUUGAACGGUUUCUAAAUCUUGAACGUAUCAGCCCUCCCGAUAUCGAUAUUGAUUUCGCUGAUCGUGCUCGUGAGCAUGUUAUCGAUUAUCUCGUAAAAAAAUACGGUGAAGAUUCUGUCGGUAAAGUCGCGACCUUUGCCACAUUGGGUGCAAAAGCCGCGAUCAAAGAUGUCGGGCGAGCACUUGAGGUGCCUCUUGAAGAUGUUGAAAAGUUGACUGAACUUAUUCCAUCCACUCCUGGAAUAACACUUGAUGAAGUUUUGGAGCAGGUGCCUGACUUUCAAUCACUCGCUGAAAGUUCUCAAUAUCGGGAGUUAAUGGGUCUCAGCAAAUCGGUUGAAGGUAUGAAACGCCAUGUCUCUUGCCACGCCUCCGCAAUCGUUAUCUCAAACGGUCCGUUGACUAACUACGUCCCGCUAUUCAAGGAUAAACAUGACCAAGUUGCGACGCAGUUUGAUGGUAAAAUCGUUGAGGAUGUCGGUAUCGUUAAAUUCGAUUCCCUGGGUCUACGGAGUCUUACCGAGACAUACGACUGCCUACAGAUGAUUAAGGCAAAUCACGGUAAAGCGAUUAAGUUGGAAGAGAUACCUUUUGAUGAUGAAAAAACCUAUCUCUGCUCAGCAAAGGGUUAA